CUGAGCUCUCUCUCUCCAUGAACUGUUCAACCCUCCACUUGCCUGCUGAACAGAGGCUGGACAGCUGUUUAGAGAGGAGAGCGUACAAAGGGAUGUGAGAGACUUUUUUUUAAUUUCACGUUGGACUUCAGUCAUUUUGUUUUCUUUUUGGGAGACACUGGCAAUGUCUGAGGGCAUUGUGAGGAAGGUGCAGCCCUUCACCAUUGGGACAAGGCUGUCAGUUCCAGCUGUGCCAAAAUGCCAGGACUUUACACAGACUUAUCUGCCCAGCGAGGCUCUGGAUAACUGCGUGUUACAGCACAACCUGAACUCGCUCUACCUCAGUCGGUCACAGGUUUGCGCACAUGGACCCUGUCUGGUCCCGCCGAUUGUUCAGCAGGUCGCUCCGGUGAAACGCGACCAGGAGCACAUGGCAGCAGAGGACCAGCUGAACCAGAAUGUCGCCUCCGCUUCUGCUGUGUCCAGAUCCAUUAAGAAGAUCACAAUCUCUGGGAGUAAAGACAGAUCAGAGGAUAAGACGACAGUGGGACCGGCACAGCUUUCAAUCACAGGAUCCACAUCUGAAAACAACAAUAACAACAACAACAUCACCACCAGCACAUCGGAUCCACAUCUGCCCAGGAUUGUGGGAGUGAGCUGUGAGAAUAAACCUAAUUCUCAGUUUAAGGUUUUACUCAGAAAAGAGAGCAGUGAUGAAUUUCAGGCCACGCUGCAACAAACCAGGAUGAAAAUGAAAGGAGAAGAAUCAGUCCAAACGGUCUCAGUGCCUGAACUGAAGAAGAAAGAGCCUCAGAGGAAGGAAAGUCAUCCACACACCCAGAAUGAAGUACUGGCAGCUGUUACAUCCCAGAGUGACUGCUUCACUCAGCGCAACUCGCUCUUCAACAAGGAAGUACUGCAGGCAGAAGCCUGGAUCAAAGGCAAGCUGCAGGACCUGAAGGAUGGAUGUAAUAUUCAGUGCUGCCCCCUGCAGGACUGGGAGGAAGCCUCGCAGACGCUCCAGAGAGACCUAAAAGACUUUGAGAACACCCUCAUUCAACUGAACCAGAUGGGUGAGCAGCUGAUCUGCAAGCUGAACCCCACAUCCGAUCUGGUGAAGAAGCAGCUCAGCCAGCUCAGGGACCAGUGGCUGACCCUGAAACAGAUGGCUGCAAAUCAGACGAGGGCCCUCGGUGGAGCUAAGAACCUGCAGGAAUUCAACAAAAAAGUGGACAAGCUGGAAGCAUGGAUUAAAGAAAAGCAGGAAGAGGAGCAGUCUCUGGUGAAUGUCCUGGGGGAAAAUGUUGACAAAAUGCAGUUGACCAGGAGAAUAUUAGAUCUGAAACAGGAUGAGCAGCUCCACAGAAACCUUCACGAGGAGAUCAACAACUUGGCACUAAAACUGGAGAAACAGGGGAAGACAGAUGGCAAAAACAUCUCCAGCAGGAGGAAACAAAUCAAUAAAAUGUGGCUGAAGGUCCAGUCUCACCUGAAAAACUACCAUGAGAAUCUUCACCUGGCCCUGGAGGUGUCCUCGUUCUACCAGCAGGCUGAUAACACAUUGCUUGCUAUUAACAACAUGAGGAAGAGCAUGUCUACAUCCAAAGAGCUGGACAGCUUUGGAGACAGAGAAAUCCGUGACAUCGGCAGUCAGAUCAUGAUGUUAGAUGUGAGUGUGUCCCAGCUGUCUAACCUCCAUCCUGCCCUGGCUGCCAGCGUCACACAGAAGCAGAGCGAGGUGAAGGACUGCUGGACGCUUCUUCAGAAGGUUUUCAGAGCCAUAAUUGGAGCGAAGCCCUGCUGUCAGCACCACAGUGACCUCCAGCUCUGCUCGACCUGCAGGAGUGACAGGACCACACUCUCUCUCACUGGCUCCACUUUCACCAGGGAAGAUGCUGACCUCCUGACACCGGCCCGAGAGCCUCAGUGCAUCAUGGGAACGGAGACACAUGGGAUCAUGGGAAAGGAGGUGAAGGAGGAGCAGAAUCGUCUGAAAGGCUGUGUGAUCUCCGCUGACUGUGGGAGUGGUAGAAGAACACAGAGCAACCAAAGCCCAGAGCAGCAAUCAGUGAACCACACCUCUCCAGCAGCGGGAGACGGUCCAGCCUGCGCAGAUGAUGCCAUCGUCAGACAUCAAUUGAAGGGGGAAAGCAGGAAGCCCAGAGCAGAGACCAAGCUCACCGCCGCCCCGCGAGGCCACCCACAGCUUCACAUCCAGCUUCAGAAGUUCACUGUGUCUGCUGACAAGACUUUGUCCUGGCUCAAAGACAAUGUGUCCAUAGCUACACAGGUGUGUUCAAUAGCCAGCUUUGAGGGCCUGGAGGCAGCCAGGAGGUGUCAACACACACUUGAACAAGAAAUCCUCACCAACAGAGCCAGGAUAGAGGUGGUCAAAAGGGAGGGCCACGGGUUGGUCCGUGCACAGCAUCCAGGCAGCACCAGGAUCGAGGAGUUCCUCGGCCAGCUGGAGGUCCUGUGGGAAGAAUUGAGAAGGAGGCACCAGAGGAAUGCUGUGUUCCUGCAGGCCUCAGAGGAGCUGGGCUUUCGGGCUGUGAAAGUGCUCCAGGCCCUUGGCAGCCUGGAGGCCUGGCUGGAGUCUGUGGAGCUUUCCAUGAAGGAAUCUGCAUUAGCCGGUGACCCUGAGACGAUGAGCGUGGCUGAGAGGGAGAGCUGUCUGCUGGAAAGAGAGGUGGCAGCUCGGAGCCUGGAGCUCAGCGCUCUGAGGCAGGAGGUGGAGCGGCUGCACGGCCACAGUCAAACCCACACACGAGGGCUUCCAGCGCGCAUGGAGGAGGUGGAGAGAAAGUAUCACCGUGUCCAGAGUGCCCUGACCCAGCAGAGCUCAGAGCUGCAGGACACUCGCAUGCUGACUGAGUUUCUGGAGCGCGUGGAGCUGGAGGAGAGCCAGGAGCUCAGCGGGAGUCGAUACAGCCUCGGACAGCCUCUCCACAGUGAAAUUUCCUCAGCUCCUACGUUGCUGGGACUCCAAAGCAGCAGCGGUGGAUGUGGUGAGCCCCUGAUAGAAGCCAUGGGGAACCCUGUGGAGGAGCUACGAGAAGCUGUGGAGAUGCUGAACGACACCGUGAGGGAAAGAGGCCGAUCACAGAGCCACGAUCAGGCCAUCCAGGAGCUGCUGAGCAAGCAUGCCAGCCUGGCGGUGCGGGUGGAGGAGCGCUUGUGCUGCAGUAAGGAUCUGGGCCUGGACAUCCUGGAGAAGGAGACAGACAUGGCCAUCCAGUGCGAGCCAGACCACUGCGGCCUCGAGGCUCUGCAGGAGAAGCAGGACCACCUGGAGAUUGACUAUGAAAUCAUCAGGGAGGAUGUAAAGGAGAUGAAGGACCAGGCUUCUCGGCUGAAGGAGCUGUGCCCAGAGAGAGUGCACGUGCUCGGGGCAAAGAUCCAGGCGACGCUGCAGGCCUGGAGCGAGCUGGGAAAAAGUGUGACGGAGAACAAGUCACGUCUGCGAGAGUUUGUGCAGCUCCAGGACUUCUUCAGGAGCUACCUCGCCAUGAUCUCAUGGACUGAGGACACCAGGUCGUGCAUUUUCUCAGAUACCGCCUUGCAUCUUGGGAGAGACGGACAGAAACCACUGGCUGCAGAGCUGGACAUGCAGAUUGAGGAAAAGUUUAAUGAGUUUGAUGAGCUGGCAGCCACAGGGAAGACUCUAUUAGACAAAGAGCAUCACCUCACACAGAUGGUAAGAGAGCGCAUGGAGGAGCUGAGGAAUAUGCUUGGGUGGAUACUGGUGCACUGGAGGGCUCAGAAACAGCAGUGGCUUCACAAGAAGAGCAGACAGGAAUCUUCACAAGAUAAUAUUUACACAGAGGCGACAGUGUGCCCUCCAGAGACUUCAGCUCCUGAGCCAGAGUUCUUCCAGUCUCAACCGUCUCCGGUCAUCAGUCCUUGUGAAGACACAACAAAGACAGCGAGAGACAGUCAGCCCUCAUCUCUGCUGCCCCGACAUGUCGAGAAGCACGAAGAGAAGCAGUUAGAGGACGGUUAUGAGGUCAUGAGCAGUAUCGGAGCUCAGGGCGACUCUCCCAAAGCCAACAUCAUGGUGCUCAAAGAGAGCAGCAGCCCGCCUUCAGGGGGAACGGUCAACCUCAUCCUCAGCUUUGGUAACACAGGGGACAGCAAGGUUCAGGUGCUCGACCUGCCUGCUACAGUGGAUGAGGUAGUGGAGGAGACCUCUGAGCCCAUCCACAGGCCCACUGUGCCUCAAUCUUCUGCCUGUAAAAACUUUUGGAGGCGCUGCCAGGGGCUUUUGGAAAAUACUUUGGGUAGUUUAAAGCGAAAGAGAAAGAUUUAUCGGCAGAGUGCGAAUGAGGUAAGUACCUACUUGCAUGUCAAGGAUAACAACCUGGCUGUGGCCCCUGUGUAUGAGAGUAUCACCCUGCCCCGACAAAAGAGCCGCUCUGCAGCCUCGGCCUCCCCUACCUUCUUGCCGUCCUCCUCCUUGCCGUCUCCCUCGGCGGCUGCACCGCAGUCCGCCAACGUGACCUUCCACCCUUCAGCGGGGAGCGGCAGCACCUCCAUCUUCAGCAGCCUCAAGAGGAUGGGCAAAAAGAGAAAGAGGAAGAGAGACGCUCGCAGGCACACAAUUCAGAAAAUCAUGGGCGUGGAGGAUCGAACAGAUGGGAUGCCUCAUUACGCCUGCGAGACUGUCACUUAUGACACACACACAUGGCCCCUGAAGGAAGGUCGAAGGAAGAAGGCCUCAUCAAAGACUGGGGAUGAGGUCGAAGCUAUGGCCUAUAUGAAGAAUCCCCUCCUGAAGGACAUUGAUACAGAGUGUUCAGGAGAAUACAGCGUCAUUCCAUAUGCUGUAUCAGCAGCACCAACCACUUCCCCCUCAGCAGGUCAGAUGAGAAGUCACUGCAGGUUCCUCUCACUGGGUUCUGUGCUGAGCUUUGAUCUACCUAAAGACAUGACCCUCAUCCCCAGCAUUCAGGACAUCAUCACUAUCGCUCCUCGAGAGUCCAAAAAAGGGGGAGGGACGGAUCCGGACCCCCAGAGACACACAGUCCUGAGCUCCUUCAGACAGACUCGACCUGUUGCUGCCGUCACUCACAGUCCGGCUGAAAUCACCCUUUCUGAAACACAGCCUUCAACAGUUGUAGGAAGAGAUUUACCUGAUGUGGACAAGAGCUUCCAACCUUCCCUAGAAGAAGAUGAGGAUCAGGCUGUACCAUGUAAUGACUUAUCUAAAGCCCAGUUCAAUCUGCGUGAGGAUGCAGAGCAGGAGUGGGACAAAAUGUUAUCGGAAAUUAAAACGAGUCCAGCUGAAAAAGAUGGAGCCAGCCAGCCUUCACAGCUGCCUAUUUAUGUGAACCAAGGCCCCACUUCCACUCCGGCUGCACACAAACACGAGUGUCUUAGUGUCCAUACUCUCAUUAGAGACCUGAAUGGGCACAUGUACCAUAAAUGCACCAGGCCUCAGUGUAUGCAUGAGGAGAACUCUGGACUUCAAUCAAGCCAAGCUUCUCACAUGACAGUGAAUCUGAAGUCAACGGUGAGCGUGAGUGUUCGUCAGGACUCUGUGGACUCUGGCAUCUCCACCUCCAGCAGCAUCAAGCUUUGCUCAGAUGCUCCAUGUCCAGAGAACCAGCGGCCUAAGGGAGUGGUGGGGAGACUCAUUUCUCUCGAGGUUGGAGGUAUCGACUGCACUAGAACAAGAGAGAACGAUGGAGCAUCCUCAGGUCCUUCUCCAGACUCAGCAGUGAUCGAAGCAGAGCCUGUUCACCUCGACCACCAGCAGUUUGAAGAGGAAGAAGAAGAGCUGGAGGACAUCUGGAACCAGACUUCUAACUACAGGCAGAGCAUCUGCUCAGACAUCAUGUACCAGCCCAACCAGGAAGACUCCAUAAACUCAGACCCAUCAGCAGAUCCUGUCUGCCGCUCACCCUCAGCUACGACUCCACCGGUGCUCUACAGGAACCUGGUCACAGCCUCAGCACCCAACCUCCUUGUGGCUGAGUUCAAAUUGCCGUCGCACAUUCAGAGCUUGCUGGGAUACGACAAGGGGCUGAGUCCCAAAGGUCACCUUCCUCCGCUGGCUACAGGCGACAGGAGGUCCUGGGCGGCUUUUCCCAACAGGGAACCAGCCAGCAAGACUUCAGCGACCGUGAACGAGACCGCAUCUGAUCCGGUGAAGCUGCCUGACGUAGGCGACAAUCAGAGAUACAUUUAUCAGUACAGAGAGGAUGAGGAGGAGGAGGAGGAAGAGGAGGCAGAGGUGGGGGAGGAGGUGGACGAGCUCGCAGGUGGCUUGAAGGACCAGUCGAUGAGUCUGCUGUCUGUUCAUAUGGGUUUGGAUGGAGCCUGUGAACAGAGAAAAGCCUCACAAAGCCUGGCGGACAUGGAGAGGCCAGAGGAGCUGGUGGCCACAGGAGGGCGCUGUUUCACUCUGAGUGGAAAGCCUGAGCUGCAGACGAUGGAGGGAACACUCGAGAGGAAGCACAAGCUGCAGCUGGGAGGAAAGAAAGCCGCCUCCAGAGGCUGGAACUCCUACCAUGCUGUCCUAUAUAGACACACCUUGUGCUUCUACCAGGAUAGGAAGGAUACACUGAGGAGUUCUGCAUGUGGCCUGCCGCUGAACCUGACAGGAGCUGAGUGUUCACCUGCGCCAGACUACACCAAAAAACCCAACUGCUUUCGACUGCGGCUCCGUGAUGGGUCUGAAUAUCUGCUUAACGCCUCUUCACGCUUUAUGAUGAAGAAAUGGAUGAUGAAAAUACAAGCAAACACAGGUCAGAGUGUGUCUUCAAUAUCAGGUGCCCCUGGUGAUCAAGACAUCUCCAUUUCCUUAAAGCCCUCUCUCUGCUACGGAUGCCGUGAUCCAGCUGUUUGCCGCUGCUCCUCCCGACACGACAUCACCCGCACAUUCCCGAGGAACAAACCGCCACCGGGUAGCGCCCAAGCCAAAGAGAUUGUUGUCCUCACCAGAGACUUCAGCCACAUGCCACAGGCUCACUUAAAGAGACUGGAUGAGCAGCCGACCAUCUCGUCCUCAGGCUGCUGUGAUGAUGAUGAUGAUGAAGGCAGUUUACAGCAGACGGUGACUCACAGACUCUCUGGAGGAUUCAGAGACAACUCCCCUGUAUCCAGCGGUCAGGACUGGCUCAGCAGCAAGCACCGCUCCCACUCCUUCACAUCAGCAACUUACCAGAAGAUCAAGCCCAUGUUGCACACCCCUGGAGGAAAAGGCCUGGACCGAGGCUCCAACUACUGCGUGACUCUGGUGGUGGGAGACAAGUCAACAGAUGGGGCUUCAGUCAGCAGGAGCUCUGAGCCUCCACUGCUGGCCUCAGCUGGAUGGCAGCAGGACACGUACCAGGACUCUGCUCUGAGAAGCUACGCCAGCCUGCCGCGGCCACGAAACAAGUCUGUCUUUAAGAAGUUCUUUGGGAAAAAGGACCUCUAAGUUUGUAAAUGAUGAUUUCUACUAAUAAAGGGUUUUACAGAUAGUUUCUAAUGUGCAGUGCACAUAUUAAGCAAAAGAAGAAAAAGAAAAAAACACUACUACUGACCAUAUUUAUGAUUGAAAGACCACAGUUUUAUUUUUGAUGUGCUUUAUAUAAAUCACUUCACGUGCAGAACGUUCCUUAUAAAAGUCCUUUUCAUGAGUGUUUAUAUUACUUCUUUCCUUUUACUGUAUGAGUGUGCCCUGUGUAGUUGCAGAUUCGAUUGUCUUAUUUCAGUCAUAUUUCUUUUUCUCUCUGUGAUUAACAGUUCUGGCAAACCCUCCCACUCAGCAGAGAAUCGGUUUAGACUCCCAGUGACUCUCAUCUUGACUCGAUUAUGACUAAGUAUUAAAAA